UCGCCCUGGAGCUACCUCUAAAGAACAAAGCUAGGAUGCAAGGUGGAUUACCAAACGAACAAAUGGAGAUAGUAGAGUCUCGCGGCCCUCAAGAUCACAGCAUAUGCAACUCCAUUCCUCGUGGUGGACCGAUCUACGUUAUGGACUGGGUCAGUCCCAUCACCAGAUUGAUCGACUUUAAAGCUUCGUUUCUUCAAGAACUCAUCAGUUUGGAGGUGGAACUCUCUGCGGAUUCAUCUCAAGCAUGUAAUGAUGAUCUUUCGGUUGAUGAGCUCAAAGUUCUUACGGAGGAGGAACUGGUGGACAUCGCCUUUAGAGAAGCAUUUAAGGAACGAGAGGGCGACGAGAAUUCAUUGCAGCUUCUAGAAGAGUCCUCUAAUGGAGAGAUAAAAGAAGAUCAAAGAAUCUCAAACAAUGAAAUUACAUGUUCGGAGAGCGUAGAAAUGAAUAAUAACACUUCAUGUUCACCUGAUUCCUUGAAUCGCUCCAUUGUUGAAAAAGGUGAAGAUAACUGUUCUAGCAGGUUUAGUAAAAACAACUCAAAGAAGAGGAAGAAACGGGGAAGAGCCUUUGACAGAGAGAGUCGUGCAGCAGAAUUGGAUAAUAGUUGUAUUGCAAAAGUGGAGCAACUGGCACGAAGAAAGCAAAAACAGGAUGAAGACAAAGCAGCAACUCAAUUACAUUCAUUCAAUGGCAGCUGGAAGAUCAAUGAAGGCACAGUUUCAUCCUCUGAGAAAAUUGAAAGAAUGAAAUCCCUUAGGUCAAUGACUUCUGUAACAAAGGUGAAGUCAUCAAGCAUACAGGAAUGUGUUGCGGUUUCAUAUCCAGAAGUCAUUCUCAGUGUUGAGAUAUUCCAUGGCCUAAAAAGUUGUGUGAAGACCCAAGAGCUCUUGGUCCUAGGACGGCAAACCCUUACAGAACUGAGGGAUAGCAUUUAUUGCUUGACCGACCAGGUGAUGCAAAAAGCAGGACAGCAUGAUCCUUCUGGAUAUUUCCUCAUAGAAGACGUAUUUUGCAAUGAUUUGAGAGAUCCCUCUGCUAUAGAUUACAGCAAACCCAUAUUUGAUUGGCUUAAAAACUGUGAGAAAGAAGCACUUGAGAAAUGGGAAUGCAUCAUAGCAGGUGGAUCACAACAAAAACGAAAAGCAUUGUUGGGCAAGGUUCCUACCCCUGACUUCCCUCAUUUUAAAGCUGUUGACAUGCAUGAGACUCGCUUCUGUGAUCUGGAGUUUCGGCUUGGUGCUGGGUAUCUAUACUGUCACCAGGGAGAUUGCAAGCAUGCCAUUGUGAUUAGAGACAUGAGAUUGAUACACCCAGAGGAUGUACAAAACCAGGUAGCUUAUCCGGUUCUCACAUUUCAAUUGAAAAGCCGUCAUCAGAAAUGUUCAGCAUGCAAGAUUUAUCUAGCUACAAAGGUGACGGUGGACGACAAGUGGGCCCAGGAGAACCCGUGCUAUUUCUGUCAUAGCUGCUAUUAUCUUCUGCACUAUGAUGAGGAGGGUAAGCUGCUGUAUGAGUUCACCGUGUAUGAUUAUCACCCGGAGUAAUUAUACAAACUAUUGAAUAUGUAAACUCUCUCUCCCUAGUGUACAAGUU